AUGCGCAGAGCGCUUCUCACAUCAUCCGAGGUAUCGGUCCUCGUUUCUAUCGUUGUUGUUAUUCUUUUCACACUUGCCUUGUUUCUAAGCGGCUACGCUCUCCAGCAGCGCACGUUACAAGACCUAAGGGUGGCGAUUCGGCCAGGGAACUCGAAGCCGUCCCCCAAGGCGCACCUACCCGACUAUUUUACACGACAAACGAAGAAAUUGCAAGAUGGGACCAUUAUCGUGACAGAAAGCCAAGCGGAUAAGGAUGAAAAGGAGCGACUAGCUAAGAAAUAUGAGCUUCACCAGGAAACGGUCAAGUCCAAGGACACGUCGAAGGCCGGCCUACAGGCAAAGAAGGAUGAUGGGGAAGAAGAACUGGACCCGGUGCAACAAGUAGAGGAGCAGGAGGUGAUUGCUCCAGGGACCAAAAAGCAGGCUUCGGCGAAACAGUUGGCCAUGUUGGACAUGAUUAAGAAACAGGCCGCCGAACAAGCUUGGGGUGUGGACCACCCUGAUCCGUUGGCAAAGAAUCCUCUACCGAUUACGAGGGCUGAGCGUAGGAAGCUCAUCAAGGAUGAGAUUCAGAGGCUGGCGCAGGCGGAUAAGCCGGUGUAUUAUCAGAGGAGAUUGUGGUGA